AUGGGCGCAGGUCAAUCCAAGCCCGACGAGUCAACCAAGCAUGUUUUUGCAAGCGAUACACCUAUUCAAUUUUCCCAAGAGCUGAUAGAUUCCCUCCAAGCAUCCUCAGAAACAAACUCGACCCGCGCAAAGACGCUAGAGCUGCACAUCGCACAACGCGUCGCCGCCGAGCUAGAGAAGAUUCGGAACCAGGAAGCCUCGGCCCUCGAGGAAGCACGGAAGAAGAUUGCUGCAAGUGGAGAGGCUGGCUCAGAAGACUCAUCUCUACUUCAACUUUCGCCGAUAUCACCAAAGGACCUCCUUCCGGGCUCUGACACCGAUGAGAGCAAGAAAGCCCCGUCGAGCCAGAGAGUGCAACAAGAAAUCGAGAAACUGAAGCAGACACUGGGCCAGCGGAAAACGUUAAGAGAAGUGCCAAAGGAGGUGGAGAACGCGAGACAAGAUGUCAUCUCCUGCCUGCGGAUAAACGAUCGGAAACCGCUCGACUGCUGGAAAGAAGUGGAGAUCUUCAAGCGGGAAGUACGGAAGAUGGAGGAGAACUAUGUCUCCUCUGUACUGUAA